AUGCUACUUCCAAUCUACAAACAUAGGCGCCAGUUUCUUUAUUCGAUAGAAAAAAAUGGCGUGGUCGUCAUAGUGGGAGUGACUGGUUCCGGAAAGUCGACUCAAAUACCGCAGUAUUUGCUUGAGAAUGGAUGGGCCGACAAUGACUUCCAGAUUGUCUGCACUCAGCCACGGCGCAUUGCCGCAACGACACUUGCAAAACGUGUCUCGGAAGAAUUAGGAACGUCGCUUGGAAGUCAAGUGGGGUAUUGUGUUCGCUACGAGGAGCGGCUUUCGCACCAAACGCGUAUCAAGUAUGUUACCGACGGUAUCCUAUUGCGAGAAGCUACACUUAAUGAUCCCCUUCUAUCAAAGUACUCCGUUGUUAUGGUAGACGAAGCACACGAGCGUAGCUUAAACAGUGACGCUUUGCUUGGGCUGAUAAAGAAAAUCCGUCGCAAGCGAAAGGAGUUGCGAGUUAUUGUCUGUAGCGCCACCAUCGAUGCACAGUCUUUCCUCGAUUUCUUUGUUGGAACGAACGAUCGAAAAGCCGGCAAAGGUCUUGAUAACGGUACCAUUAUAUCUGUUGACGGCAGGCAAUACUCUGUUGAUAUUCUUUACCUGGAACGACCAGCCCCAGACUAUAUACUUGCAACAAUUGAGACCGCAUGGAAGGUUCAUCGUUCAGGCGAAAGUGGAGACAUUCUUUGCUUUCUUCCAACUGGCGCAGAUAUUGACAACGCUAUCAGACUUGCAGAAGAACAUUUCCAAGCAGAUAUUGGGGCUGUUGAAUUUCUACCAUUGUAUGGGAAUCUUCCGUACCACAUGCAAGCGCAAGUUUUUCAGAAUAGACGCCAAUCGGACAGAAAGGAGAAACAAGUCCGGCGUCUUAUUUUUGCGACCAAUGUAGCCGAAACUUCUGUGACCGUUCCAAACAUAUCGCAUGUUAUUGAUUCAGGAUUGGUGAAGCUACCUUACUUUGAUCCUAGGACUGGGCUCGAACGAUUGAUCACAGGACCCACCAGUCAAGCAAGUGCACGACAGAGGGCAGGUCGAGCUGGGCGCCUGCAAAGUGGAAAAUGCUAUCGUUUGUAUACCGAAAAGUAUUUACACGAAAAAAUGCUCCUUCACACCCCACCAGACAGUCAGCGGACCAACUUGUCUAGCUUUAUUUUGACUCUUAAAGCACUUGGCGUCGACAAUGUCUUGACAUUCGAUCUUAUGGACGCUCCAAGUGUAGAUGCUCUUUCUCAUGGGCUAGAAUCGCUUUUUGCACUGGGUGCUAUAGACGAAGGGACCCAUCUUACGCCCAGAGGAAUGGAUAUGUCAAUGUUUCCCACAGAUGUGUUUGUCUCCCGAAUGUUGCUUGAAUCUCUAGCUGAAGGGUGUUCGUGGGAGGUUUUAGGCGUUGCGAGUGUGCUACAAGUUCGAGAAGUCUUUCAACGUCCUCGGGGGCGUCGCGAGCAAGAGCUGCUGGACUUUAACGCAUCCAUAGCGGAACUCGCUGAUUCCAGCGGAGACCACGUCACUUUUGUUAACUUACUUUCUGAAUUGGAGCACAAACAAUGGGAUGAGCAAGACUGUAGGGAACGUUUUAUAAAUUACGUCGCGGUCAAGCGUGCCCUGGAGGUACGGAAUCAACUAUCCAGAAUACUGAAGCAAUUUGGCCGAGUUACGGCUUUGAGCGUAAUUGGCGAUGACAGUGCUCGAAGUAAGAGCAUAAGAAGAUGUGUGACAGCAGGAUUUUUCUUCAAUGUGGCCAAGCUUUGUAAUGAUGGCCGCUACUACACCUUGCGCAAGCAUAUUCUCGUAACUCCUUCGUCAGCUAGUGUUUACUCAUCCCAUACCCCGACUAGCAGUGAGUAUAUCAUUUUUGGCGAGACAAUUGAUGGUCAGCGGGGAGGGCUUGAGCUGAAGGCAGUUUCGGCCAUUGAAGCUCGCUGGCUGAGAGAGUUGGCACCACACUACUGGAAGUAG